AAGAUUUAUGCACAUACUUAUACUAACUAACGAAUAUACUAUAUACAGGAUGCAACCAAGGACCUUGUAUAAUAAAAAAAAAAAGCAGAAAGAAAAAGAAAAAACCCGGACUAAUGUUAAGUAUAAAAGUAUAGAGUAUGCACGUAACAAUAAUACCAGAGAUGUCACAAAGAGUUUCAUUUUCAUUUUAAUUUGAAUUUUUGUUCUUCCUCUUCUUAUUCUUAUUCUUAUUCCUCUCUUCUUCUUUUUCUUCUUCUCUAUUUAGAGAAACACAGGAACAUUGGAAAUUAACUAACUAUAGUCUUGGACUUUAAUCAGUAUAAAAGAAAGGAUAAUAUGAAAUUAACUUAUGGCUAUAACCUCUCAAACGCCCACAUCCCGUUUGCGAUUAGAGGAUUAUAAAUACGCUUACGAUUCCAUACUAGACUUGUAUUUCGCGUUAGCACGUGUAUUAGAAACGAACGAUUCAUUUUACAAUACAUUUUUCAACGGGAUAACAAUUAAUAAGAACGAAAAAUAUAAAUAUUCAUUUGUGAUAAUAUUAUUGUUUAAAUUAUUAUUAUUAUUGUGAGAGAAACAACCAAAAUGGAAGGGAAAUUAAUUUGCGUCAUGUUUUUCACCCUACUUUCUAUGAAGAUCGUUAACGCCGGGCCACCAGAUUGGGUACCUCCAGAAAUGAUAGAAAUGGUUGCCGGAGAUAAAGCUCGUUGCAUGGAGGAACAUGGAACUUCGCAAGCUCUGAUCGAUCAAGUAAAUGAUGGAAAUCUGGUGAAUGAUCGAUCACUAUCCUGCUACAUGUACUGCAUGUUGGAAGCUUUCAGUCUGGUGGACGAGGAAGGUAAUUUAGAAUCGGAAAUGUUGUUAGGAUUCAUACCAGAUAAUUUUAAGGAAAUGGGUACCGAUGUUCUCAAUGCCUGCGCCAAACAGGGUAAAUAUUUAUAUCCAAUUUAUUAUUCUAUUAACGUUCUCAUUAUAACUAUCAAUAUUAUUACGCAAAUUUUUGUUCAACCUAUCAGAUGGAGCGGAUGGUUGUGAGAGGGUAUUUAAUGUUGCUAAAUGCGUCCAACAAAAAGUUCCGGAGUUAUGGUUCAUGGUUUAAAAAACGAAGAACGCUACAAAUUUAGGUCAAAGGGGGAGGAGGAGGAGGAGGAGGGGGAAACUUUGUAAAAGCACUUACGACUAUUAGAAAUAUCGUUAUCUGUUUUUUUGUUUGUUUGUUUGUUUGUUUGUCUAUUUGUUUAUUUGCGUUUCUAUUUUAUUUUUCCAGUUGAAAUUGGAAAAAUAUUUUGUAUGAAAAAAUCAUACAAAAAUGAUUCCAAAUAUGAAAGGUACGCGUCAAUAAUUUCUAAUUUAGAAAUAAUAAUUAUUCACGUAUGUAUACAUGAUCUAUAAUAUUAUUAUAAUAGAGAAAGAUGCGAGAAAAAUGUAAUAAAAUAUAAUAAAAAAAAAGUGAAUCACA